AUGAAAGACACGGACUCCGUAAGUGAAGCCCCUCUUACAGACGAAUCCAACUUACUUGUUUUGAUAAUCGACACUAAUCCAUUUGCCUGGGCAAAAGCCGCGGCCACGCCAGGAGGUUUAUCUUUCGACCAAGCUCUCAGCCAAAUUUUAGUAUUCAUCAAUGCACACCUCGCAUUGAAACAUGAUAACAGACUUGCAGUCAUAGCAAGUCAUGUAGGUGUUAGUAAAUUCCUUUAUCCAAUACCUGAAGCAAAUGCUCACUUGAUUGAAGAAAUAGACUCCUCAAAUGAUAGUAACAUGUAUCAAACUUUUCGUGCUGUCAACCAACAUGUGACUGCCGGUGCUAUAAAUCUAUUAAAAGAUGUGGACACUCAAAUUUCAACUUUGGAUCAGUGUAAAUAA